AUGGCGUUUGAAUCUCGCGUAGCCAUCAUCACGGGCGGCAUCGGUGGCAUCGGGAGCGCGGUGGGCAAGGCGUUCCGGGAGCAAGGUGCCAAGGUCGCGCUGCUAUACGCACCCUCCGAGGAGGGCAACGUUCAGGCCGUCCUGGACGACGUCUUCGGCGGCAAGGCCGACGGCGUGGCGACGUACGCAUGCGAUAUCACCAAGCCCCAGUCCGUCGAGGAUGCGUUCGCAGCCGUCGCGGCGGACAACGUCGGCUUCCCCAGCUUCCUCGUCAACAGCGCCGGGUACGUCAACCUCACGCCUCUGGAGGAGACCCCGGCCGAGGACAGCCUGCUGCACUACCUCGUCAACCUGUACGGUCCGACGCUGACGAGCCAGGCCUUUGCGCGCCUGUACUUCAAGGCCAAGGAGGCUCAGCCUGACGGUCCGGGGGCCAGGAUAGUCAACAUCGCCAGCCAGGCCGCCCACGUCGCCCUCGACAAGCACGCCGCCUACUGCGCGUCCAAGGCCGGCCUCAUCGGGCUCACCAGGUGUCAGGCCAGCGAGUGGGGCUCGCGCGGCAUCACCGCCAACACCAUCAGCCCCGGUCCUGUGUGGACGGCCCUGGGGAAGAAGGCGUGGGGUGAUGACAAGAUACGGGAAGAAUAUCAAAAGGCAGUGCCUACCGGCCAGUUUGCCGAGCCGGAAGAGGUUGCCAACAUUGUCUUGUUUCUCUGCCAGGACUCAUCCAAGAAUAUAACCGGCCAAGAUGUCCGGAUCGACGGCGGCUACACUGCGCGGUGA